GCGGGCGCUCUGUUUUUGCGUAACUUCCGGAGCGACCCCACCCCCUAGCCCCGCGAGUCUUUGGUUGGGAGAUUUAAGUGUGGUGGCAGGACAACUUUACCUUUCGGCCGACUGAUCCCGCCACUCCUGGCCCGACACGAUGGGAGUGACUUGUGUGUCCCAGAUGCCUGUGGCCGAAGGCAAGAGUGUCCAACAGACUGUGGAGCUUCUUACCCGGAAAUUAGAGAUGCUGGGGGCAGAGAAGCAAGGCACAUUUUGUGUUGACUGUGAAACAUACCAUACUGCUGCCUCUACCCUUGGUGGCCAAGGUCAGUCUGGGAAGCUGAUGUACGUGAUGCACAACUCCGAGCACCCACUGAGUUGCUUCGCACUUUUUGAGAAUGGCCCUUGUCUUAUUGCCGACACCAACUUUGAUGUGCUUAUGGUGAAGCUCAAGGGCUUUUUUCAGAGUGCCAAGGCUAGCAAGAUUGAGACCAGAGGCACCCGUUACCAGUACUGUGACUUUCUAGUGAAAGUGGGUACUGUCACAAUGGGGCCCAGUGCCCGAGGCAUCUCUGUGGAGGUGGAAUAUGGUCCCUGUGUGGUAGCUAGCGACUGCUGGAAUCUGCUACUUGAGUUUCUACAGAGUUUUCUAGGCAGCCACACACCAGGGGCUCCUGCAGUGUUUGGGAACAGACAUGACAUGGUAUAUGGCCCAGCGGAUACCAUGGUUCAGUACAUGGAGCUCUUCAAUAAGAUUCGUAAGCAGCAGCAGCUGCCUGUGGCCGGGAUUCGCUAAUGACAGGCAGCCAGCCGCCUGGUUGAGCUCUGUCCUGAGCAGGACUCCACAUGAGGAGCUAGUGCUGCACACUCAGAUACUUGAGCCCUAGGAACCCAGGACAGGCAUGGAGGCUUUCCUCCCUCUCCAGUUCUCAGCGGUGUCUUUUCUUCUGAGGCUCUGGUCUCCAGUCGCUGACUUUCACACACAGCUUCCCAACAGCUAUUUCACCCUCAUGUUUUGCUGGGUGCUCCCUGUGCCCAAGAAGAGUGGAGAAGUCUGGAGCUCACCUUUCCAUAACCGAGUGUUGUUAUGGAAAGCGGUUUGUAUCUCUAACUGUUAAGGAGUUGGCAUAGACUAAAAGAUGGCCUAGAAGAAAAGACUGCAUUUUGUGUUUGGACUGUGCUGAAAUAAAGGCCUCUUUCUUUACUCGGAACGUGGUUGGGCCUCCCUCCUAGAGAUGGAGGAAGUGACGCAAUUUAUUUGUAUCAAUUUGUCAUGGCUAUCAUUGAUCUGUUUACUGAAGUGAAUUGUGAAUUGACUUUACCAAGGUGUUGCUUGAGUCUUUGAAGUUUACCUCUUACUUCUAUCCAUUCUGUUAUAACACAUUUGAGCUAUAGGCUAGGAUACUAUAACAAACAGGACCUAAUUUAGUGCCUACCUGCCUUCCUUCCUUCCUACCUACCUUUGAUACAUAGUUAGGUGGUUCAAGGAAGAUUAAACUCAACAAGGUUAUCAGGAGCUGGUUCCCUUUUAUUUUGAUGUCAAGCUAACACUAAGGUGUUACCCUUACAAAAUCAGCAGAUUCAUCCAUUUCAACUCCAUGUUGACUUUUUUUUUUAAAGAAUAACCAUUGGAAGGGGGCAGGUGGUAGCACACCUGGUUGACACGUGUUAUAGUGCAGAAGGGCCCAAGUUCGAGUGCCUGGUCCCCACCUGCAGGGGAAAGCUUCAUGAGUGGUGAAGCAGGGCUGCAGGUGUUUCAACAGCAUAAUGGUUAUGCAAAGAGACCUCAGGCUCCAAAGUUCCAGGUUCAUUCCCCCACACCACUACAAGCCAGAGCUGAAUAGUAUCCAGUAAAUAAAAUAAAAAAAGACAAAUUAAAAAGACAAAUAAAAUCUAAUGAUUUUUUUAAAAGAAAGAAUAUCCAACUUUUUUUUUUUUUUCCUCCUACCAGAACACUGCUCAGCUGUGGCUUAUGGUGGUGCUGGGAAUUGAACCUGGGACCUUCGAUGCCUCAUGCAUUAUGCUAUCUCCCCAGCCCCACAUUCUUUUGUUUUUCUUUUUUUAAUUUUAUUUUGGGUAGUAGGGACAGAAAUUGAGAAGAGAAGAGAUAGGUAGGUGGGUAGGUUUGUAGGUAGAUAGACCUGCAGCACUGCUUCAUUGCUCAUGAAGCUUCCCCUCUGCAGGUGGGGACCAAGGGUUGAACCAGGUGUGCCACCACCUAGCCGCCUAUCUACGUUCAUUUUAAAACUGAGGGCUGGGAUUCAAAUCAGCAUUGGUGAGAAGGACACUGGGACAUCAAGCUUCUUAUUUGAGUAGCUAUGUGCUCAGUUAAAACUCAGGGAUCCCUGUGACUAAAAGAUAAGGGAGGAAAUGAAGGGCCAAUUACUUACUGCUGCUACACAGAACUCAAAAGACACAUCUGUCGGGAAGGCCCCCUGCUCCAUCACUGAUACUAUGGUCUAUUUACAUAAUCAUUGUUUUGCCUGAGACCCGCCCUGCCGGCAGGGUACUAGUUAAUCCCACUGGUUAGAACCUUCGCAACAGCUGCUAUGGAAGCUUUCUACCUUCGUGCUCUUUUCCCCACCCCCUCUCCUAGCCAUUUCCUUUUCCCACUUGCCACUUCUGGAGAUAUAUAUAUAUACGCAAUGUCUCUAAUCAAUAAAGGCAUUGCAUUGCAUUCCCACUCCGCCAUGAGUCCCUGGAUCCUUUCUCUUAACUGCAAUGCUAGUCCAGCACACAUCCAAGAAUGCUGCUGCUUUUUUUAAUUUUUAAUUUUUUUUUAUUUAUGAGAAAGAUAGGAGGAGAGAGAAAGGACCAGACAUCACUCUGGCACAUGUGCUGCCAGGGAUUGAACUCAGGAUCUCAUGCUUGAGAGUCCAAAGCUUUACCACUGUGCCACCUCCCAGACCACCAAGAAUGCUCUUGGUUAUUGUUUGCAGCUAGUAAUCCCUAUAGUGAAAGUAUUCACUGAGUUAGAUUGGGAUAGUGCUGAUUUCAGAGCCACUAGUUAGUUAGUUUAGCUGGAUUAGUCAGACUAAAAAAAGUCAAGGCUACCUCCUCUAAGUCAUAAUGAUCAAUGCAUUGUUAUUGUCUUAUGUGCCCAGAGGUCAGAGUUAAGAGUUGCUGACCCUGACACUUGCAAUGUUGCUUCAUGGUUUCCUAAACUCUUUUUAUUUUUUAAAGGUUUAUUUGUUUGUUAAUGAGAAAAAACAUCACAGCAUCAUUCUGGCAUAUAGUAUGCUAGGGACUGAAUUUGGAACCUCAUGCUUCAGAGUCCAAGACUUUAUCUACUGUGCUACCUUCCUGGCUUCUCCUGAACUCUUUCUCCUUACCUCAUUUGAGCCUCUGAACUGCUCAUUUGACCUCAAUUUCCAGCUCCUUCCUCUCCUAGCUGUAGAAAUGUUCAGUCAGGCUAGUAGAAAUGGGUUUAGGAAAUGUGUGCCUGUACAUACCUGCACUGUGUCUCCAAGGGUGAGGUGCCUUAUUAAAGGCAGUUACAAAGAAAUUAUGUGCAUCUCUGUGCGCUCAGAUGUAAAGGCUGUGCUAUGAAGAUCAAGCAGUGAUCAUUGUUGUCUUCUAGCUUUGACUGGCAGGAAAUUCGAUUUACUUUAUAACUGUAGAACUUGUUGCCUUACAUUUUCUAUUCUUACCCCCUCUUGUUUUUGUUGUUUGCUUUUUAAAUUGAGGCAUGUUUUCCAUGCUGUUUACAUACAAUAAAUGCAUUUAUGAUUUUUUGAUUAUGAAUUUUCCUUUUAGGACCUUUUUUUUCCCAACUCCAGCGUCACUUUAUUGAGAAAAUGUUGAUUUACAGGAUUUUUGUUGUCACAAUGGUUCGUUUAUUUUUUCCUCCCCUUCUCUACAUAGAGAGGAAGAGAGUGAUGAAGAGACAGCACUGCUGCACCACACAUGAAACUUGUGCAGUGCUCCCAUGGGAUAACCUGAGACUUGAAGCUGCAUCAUCAUGCUUACUAAGUUGUGCUGUACUGGAUGAGCUAUCUUCCAGCCCCCCCCCCCACUUUUUUUGUCUUUCUGACUUAUAUUUCUUUCUGACCAGAUUAUUUAUUUACAUUUAAUCUAUAGGCUGCUUAAAAUAUUUUUGUCAGACAAGAUAGUAUAUCACUAAAAUUUAGCACAGUAUAUUCCUGAAAAUGAAAAUAUUUAGAGAACAAGUGGACUGGGGAGUGAUAACAAAAUGGGUAUGCAAAAAGACUUUCAUGCCUGAGACUUCAAAGUACCAGGUUCAGUCCCCAGCACCACCAUAACUCAGAGUUGAGCAGUGCUCUGAUAACAAAUGAAAAAAUAUAUAAUCAUAAAAACAAACUAUAGGCAAUAAAAGAAAAUUUAAAAAUGAAAAUGAGUGUAGCACAUGUAACUUGUGCAUUAUGAAGAAUUAUUCUAUUUCCUUUAAAUUAACUGGUAGUAUAGACUCCUGGACUAUGCUUUGCCUCUCAGACACAGUACUGACUCAUGUAUUUCUAGUCUGUUUUGUUUUUGUUGCCUUCCUUGGUAUUUGGGCACAUAAUUUAUCAGCCUUCAGUACCAACAAUAAUCAGAACUGUCUUUGAAAAUGGCCAUUUUUAAGGCUGUGUGUGUAUAUAUGUGUGAUAGUGGCUAGAGCAUUAAACUUGAAAGCAUGAGUCUCUGAACUC